UUUCGCAAAGUUAAUCAAAAUUUAGCGCUCUUUCUUCUUUCUUCUUCUCGUAGAUAAUAAUCUUGUACCUUUUCCUGUUUUUGUGACUUUGUAAAUCUCCUGCACGACAAUUCCCCACUUCAAUUUUGUAUAGCCACUUUUUUUUGGUUACAUUUGAAAAACCUCAAGCAUGGCCACCGCAGCAGCAGCAAGCACCCUUACCAAGGUUACUGCCCAAGUCUCUGCCGUUGAAGCUCAGGCGGUGAGAGAAUGGCUCAUCCUGUUUCCGGAUAUGCCCAACGUUCUUAGUCGACGUCUUGAGAUUCGACCACGUCAUUCACCCAAUUUUGUGCGUCUGCAUAAGGAGGGCUGGGUUUCAUGGGCUGGCCCGGUCUUCGACAAGCACACAUUUCCCGGAAAUCCUCGUCGUCCGUUUAAGGGCUCAGUAAUGGUGGUAAAUGAUGUCUCCAAGGAAGCCAUUUGGGACCGUCUGAAGAGCGAUCCAUACGUACAGGAGAAGAUUUGGGACAUGGAUAAGGCCCGGGUGAUUCCAUUUGUGACCAAGUUCCGCAAAAUGUAAUUAAUCAUGAGAAAUCAGUCGACUAAUAACUCAUAACCUUCAAUGUUAUGUUGAAAUUCUUGUCUUCACUCUCUCAAACUUGAAUGAAGAACAGCCUGGAAUGAAUCAGAUGAAAGUAUUAGUAGC